CUCUGUACGGGAGGACUGUUAGUCGCGCGCUCCUAGCCUUACAGACUCACACUAAACACUAAACCAGUCCAAGUCUGGAAGCUAUGAGGUUGAGGACUGUGGUUUAUAAGUCUCUCUGUCGCUGGUGUCAAGUGCGUCGUCACCAUCACUCAGAGUGGAGGGGAAAAAUUGAUGGGGAAAUAAAGAUGGAGGAAGCCCUGUCUCACCUGUAGAGCCUGGUGCACCUGGCUGACUGAGGAGCUCCAGACCUCCUGCUGAUUCACUCUGCUCUAAUGAGAAAUGAAACUUUAGUGACCACCAUUCUUAACGUCUCACCGUUAAACAUGUUGAAAUGAACAAUCACUUAGAUAUAAGCGUGAGAUUAAAGGUGAGAGGAGUCGAAAGAUGGUGUGGUGGUGUCUUGUGGCUACACCUAGUACACCCUACACAGGAAUCAGGUGGAUUUGAGUGUGGUGGAGCAUGUGGCGAAGCAGUGUGGCGAGGCAGUGACGGAUAGUGGGUGGCAGUGAAAAGAAGUGGGUGGCAGUGAAAGGUAGUGGGCGACAGUGAAGGGUAGUGGGCAACAGUGAAGUGCAGUGGGCGGUGAUAGUUCAGGGUGGGCCAGUGAGGCGGGGGUGAUGGACAGAGGGUAACGUGCCUAAACUCUUCAGCGACAAACAUGGACCAGCGCGCCCCACCGCUCCCCUGACCCCUAUUUUGAGAGUGCCUCAUCUCCACACACCCGACUCUUCUAAGGUAAGCUGAGGAUGAGCCCAGGUGUGUACGGCUGGCUGUGGGUGAGUACUGCACAACCUGCGUCACCCAACACUUGUUAAGAAGUAGCUGUCGGCGCAGCAUCAACAGCCUCUCAACAUGUAUUCUGGGGCGCUUAUGUCAGCCAAGCUACGGCAAGCGGCCACAGCGGCGGCCUCAACAGCGGGUCCGCAACGUAGCGAGACCCUGAAGCCGCGUCGGUCUCAAGCGAAGCGUCAAUGGAGUAUCCAGGCAGUGAAGGGCAAGGUGACCACUCGCUGCCUCUGGAACGCCUGUAAGGCUCUCACCAUCGGCAUCCUCCUCAUCUUCAUCGGCGCCGGCAUGGCUACCGUAGGUUAUUACGCCGAAGAGGAGGAGCUCCGGCGCCAGUCAGGGAACGGCACCAGCGGCAGCAGCACCACCACCCUCGUGGUGAACGUUACCACGUACACCCUCCCCCUCCCCCCUCACACCAUCAACCGAGGGUCUACCAGCAGGGUAAGCCGCCCCCCGCCACCCCACGUUGCCAGCAGGGACAACAGUUACUCCUCCACCAACUCCACCAUCAACAACACUGUUACCACCAUCAUCACCAAUGGCACCACUAUGUUUGGCAACGGCACCACCAGCAGGCCCGCCAUGGGCAGGGUCUUUCCUCCUGAAGGAGGCUUCGGCCUCAACAAGCUCUCUUAUGUGGGACCCAUCGUAAUGGGUUUUGGAGGAUUCGUCAUCGUAGCUGCCUGUGUAAUGACCUUUGAGGCCCGGGACAGCGCCGCCAAGAUCGUGCCAGCCAGGUUCCGCAAGACUUAUCCGGAGAGGAAGAGCAAUGAGGAAGACUCCGGGAUGCGCAACUCAUCUUGCCAGACCAAGUGGGAGACUCUGGGGUUGUACGGAUCUGAACUGAUGCGACACCAGAGCGGCCGAGAGCUGUCCCGCCGUGCCAUGACCUUUGCAUUUAUCCAGUUCUCCAAGAAUCUACAGACCAGUAUGGACUCAGCCGUUGAGUAUUACGACUCCCGCGGGUCUCAUCCCAAGUUGGUCAAGUGUCCGUCUGCGCCGUCCCUCGUGCGCCCCUUCCACCAAGGUGAACGACGGAUGAACGAGCCCCCAAGGGUGCUGAAGGUGACAGCGCGCCCUGCCCAUCCCCCUCACAGUCCAAGGGGGCGUCUCACCCCUAACAGUCUCCCUCGCCAGGCUAUGUCCGUUGACAACCCGGCCGUGAGAGAGGUGUACAAUGCUGCCUACACAGCGUUCAUUGGUGAACGAGGCGACGAAGACUUAGAGCUGGGUGCCUCGGCCACGGGCGUCCACCAAGCAGGCAGUGAAGCGUCCCUGGCCAUGGACCUCCACCUGCCUCAGUGCUCCGUAACUUUGGCCGUCCGCGAUCAGAGUCGCUCACCCAGUAACACCCGCACAGACUUCGACGAACCAUCAGCCGCCAGCCCAUUACUUGACCCAGAUAUGGAGGCCGCUGGGCCCUCGGGUCUGUCUUGUAUAAAGGUGGACAAACAGACCUCUACAUCUGAUCACCUGUCGCUCGGUCUGCUAGGAAUAUCGCGUUGCGACACCUGGGGGUCACGGGACAUCUCCGGUAUGUCCGGUCGGGCUACUAGUGGCGGAUCCUUCCGGGAAGCGAGACGCCCCCGACCCUCGCGGCGUGUUCGUCGUAGCGAGACCAUCGACACUGCCACCGCUGCCGCCCGACGGUCUCAGCGUCACUACUCCGGGUCCGGCAGGCAUGGCUCCGUACGCAGUAGUUCCAGUCGAAGUGCAGCGGAGGCGCGGAGGUUGCAUAACACCCGCAGCGAGACUGCCCGACGACACCAGUUCCUCCGCCAGCAAAAGAUUGAGAACGGCGAGUCUCAUGAAGAUAUUGCGGGCAGAGGACAUUUUGAUGUCUAGGGUCGUGACAUAAUACCUCACCUGAGGUCUUGCUUAUUACAUAGCUGGAUAUUUGAAGGUUUAUCUUGUGUGGCAAUCAGUAUGUUUGUAUUUCAUAUAUACUGUUUAUGAACAUGGCAAAAUACGUGUUAGGUAACUGUGCAAUAAAAGGCACUAGGAGAGAGAAUGCUGCAUAGCAAUACUUGUGUGUAUAGGGGGCGGGGUGCAGCACCUAGGCCGCGGGACACAUCUUUGCUCAUAAACACUACCAUAGGCAUUAUUAUUACACGCUGUGGAGCAUCGACAGUUUUCUUAUAAAUUUGGCCUAAUUUUUAAUGCACCAUCGGUUACAGUCACUUAGGUAAAACUUUAAAUGAGACACAUUUCAAGAAACAUUGUUGUGCGCGCUAGACGCCUGACACUUUGAACAUCUAAUAUUUUCUUAUCUUGUUCACAAAAUUUCUGAAAUUCGGUCUCCUACUUCUGGGGUUGAGCGCUCAUAAUACCCGCCUGUAAUAUGCUUUGAUACUGCAAACUUAUCUUCGUGUUUUAUUGGUAUUACAGAACACAUAACGGGGAACGAAUUUGAUAACUAAAUAUUUUAGAAAGAGACUAUGGUCAUGUUUGUAGCAUCAGAAAAGCGUCAAGUAAACGUUCAUAUCAAUACAGU